UCCCACCGUAAAGAAAUUUCCUUCCUUUCCCCCACCAUUAAUUUUCAAAGCCCUUUGCUUUCUCACUUGCUUUCUUUCUUCUCAAACCGCCAUUCUUUCCCUCUCUUUCUCUUUUCCCCCCCUAGCCGCCUCAAAACACCCAAAGACCCUUUCUUCUUAUUCCUAAUUCUCUCUGAUUCUCAUAGCCGCUUCUUGUUUUGUUCUGAUUCUUGGAGGCGAAACUACCCGUCUUUUGUUUCAUUCCGAUUCCUUGUGUUUCUCUUUGGUUUUGUUCUGAUUCCGAGCUCAAAACCCGCCUUUUUGGUCGAGAAAAGAGUGCUUCUUAUUUGUUUUGGGUUGCCCUUUUUUAAGAAAUGGGUUUUUCGAAGAAGUCACAAGUGCUGGACGGAGGGAUAGAGUCCGAGGGAAAGAAGUGGGUGAUUGCCGGAAUCUCGGUCCGAGCCUCGCUGAAGCCGAUAAAGACGAAGACGAGGAGAGCCAAGGAGAGCGAGGAGGGCAGCGAAGAAGAAGAGGCGGGUUCAACAACCCCAACGGCGAAAGAAGCCAGAAUACCGGAGAAGUUUUCGUGCCCGGCGGCGCCGAGAAAGCGGCGACCGGCGUCGGUGUGCAACUUCAGUGGGGUGAGGGAGUACUUCAUCCCACCGGAUUUGGAGACGGUUUUCAAACUCCAUGUGGAGAAAGCAAACUAAAACUUAAGCUUGAAAUUAGGCCGCAAGGGAAAAAAAGAAAGGAAGUUAGAGCUGAGAUUAGGAGGUUUUGUUGUGUUUUAUCUAUGUAUUUUAUCUUUCUAUGUUAACUCUGUGUGUUCUCUUCUCUGUUAUGAGUAGCAGCACAGAAAGAGAGAGAGAGAGGAGUUUGAUGUUGUACAAAGAUAUGAAUAUUUUAUGUAAUGGGUAUUCUAGUUUAGUGAAAGACUCAAGAGUUCAUCAUA